AUGGCUUCGAAUCUGCAGCCCCUCUGGGACCUUGCCUUGAAGAUACUCGGCCUUACAGGCGCAAUUGGAUUUCUCAUCAUUCUCGUCAUCCUAGUAUCGCUGGUGAUUUCUCAAAAUGCCACGCUUCCCAAAGUCCGUCGAAGGGGCACCCCAGUCCACCUCCUUGUCAUGCUAGGUAGCGGUGGUCACACGGCUGAGAUGCUGGCAAUUCUGGAGAACCAGUUUGACUAUUCCGUCUACACCUACCGCACCUACGUCGUGAGCUCUGGGGAUGAGCUUAGCGCCAAAAAGGCCGUUGAGUUUGAGGACACAAUUGCGCAACAAAACGGCAACGAAAAAGCGGUCGAUAAUUACACGGUUGUCAUGAUUCCACGGGCACGACGGGUGCAUCAAUCAUACCUGACGGCGCCGUUCUCAACUCUCCACUGCUUCUGGGCCUGUCUUCUUGUUCUACUAGGACGACACCCGGAUCAACGUCCCCUCCCCGCGCAGUACCCUUCUAAUCACCCCGACAUUAUCCUCACCAAUGGUCCAGCCGUAGCUGUGUGCAUGAUACUGGCAGCGAAGACCAUCCGGUUCUUCAUUUAUUGUCUCCGCUGGGCAUCCGGCAAGGGCUCCAAGCCCGAGAUAUCAAGACUUCGAACCAUAUACGUGGAAUCGUGGGCUCGAGUUCGCACACUGAGCGUCUCUGGUCGGAUUCUUCUUCCUAUAGCGGACAAAUUCCUCGUUCAAUGGCAGCCUCUGGCGGGACGGCGGGCUUGGUGGGGUAUGAAGGAAACAGAAUACUGUGGCUGGGUUGUCCUUUGA